AUGGCGGAAGGAAUCGACCGAAAUGCGGAUGACAAGAUGGAGUUUUCCACUUCUAAGGAGGUGACGGUGGCGCCAACCUUCGAGGCCAUGCAUCUGAAGGAGAACCUGUUGCGCGGAAUCUACGCCUACGGCUACGAGUCGCCUUCUGCUGUCCAGUCACGUGCGAUUGUACAGGUCUGCAAAGGUCGUGACACCAUUGCGCAGGCGCAGUCUGGAACGGGAAAGACGGCGACUUUCUCCAUUUCCAUCCUCCAGGUUAUCGACACAGCAGUGCGCGAGACACAGGCGCUUGUUCUCUCCCCCACCCGCGAACUUGCGACUCAGAUCCAGUCGGUCAUCAUGGGUCUCGGUGACUACAUGAACGUUCAGUGCCACGCCUGUAUUGGAGGCACAAACGUGGGCGAGGAUAUCCGCAAGCUCGACUAUGGCCAGCACGUUGUUUCGGGAACCCCUGGACGUGUUGCUGACAUGAUUCGCCGUCGCAAUUUGCGCACUCGUAACAUCAAGAUGCUCGUCCUCGACGAGGCUGACGAGCUCCUCAACCGCGGUUUCCGCGAACAGAUCUACGACGUAUACCGCUACCUUCCUCCCGCGACUCAGGUUGUCGUUGUCUCUGCGACUCUCCCAUACGACGUCCUGGAGAUGACCACCAAGUUCAUGACCGAUCCUGUUCGCAUUCUCGUCAAGCGUGAUGAGUUGACACUGGAAGGCCUGAAGCAGUACUUCAUUGCGAUUGAAAAGGAGGAGUGGAAGUUUGAUACCCUGUGCGAUCUGUACGACACACUCACCAUUACGCAAGCCGUCAUCUUCUGCAACACACGUCGCAAGGUCGACUGGCUGACAGACAAGAUGCGCGAGGCAAACUUCACAGUCUCUUCUAUGCACGGCGACAUGCCACAAAGGGAGCGCGACAGCAUUAUGCAGGACUUCCGCCAGGCCAACUCGCGCGUUUUGAUAUCGACUGAUGUCUGGGCUCGUGGUAUUGAUGUCCAGCAGGUUUCGCUUGUCAUCAACUACGAUCUACCCAGCAACCGUGAGAACUACAUCCACAGGAUUGGUCGCUCCGGACGUUUUGGACGCAAGGGCGUCGCUAUCAACUUUGUCACCCAGGAUGACGUCCGCAUUCUCCGCGACAUUGAGUUGUACUACUCCACUCAGAUCGAUGAGAUGCCCAUGAAUGUUGCGGAUCUUCUAGCUUAA